GCGAAACUAUAAGGGUUCCUAGUUGACUACGGAACCCUAAAAAAAGAAUAAAAAGAAUCUAUUACUAAGCACGAACCUGAGAAAUAACAUCCUUUGUUGCCACAGCUGUACAAAUAAUGUCUAAAUUAUUAAUAAAGGCGGAAAGCCAGUUCGGUCAGAGAAGACUCAGCGGCUGAGCAAGAUGGCGAAAUCAUUAGCGUUGUUAGCUGUCGUUAUCAUAUCUGUGGGAAUCUCAGCGGCUGCGGCCCAGAGCACAGCAUGCGGUGUCGACGAAACAAAAGACUACUGCCCAGCUGACUGCGCCUCCGACUCUUGCCCAAAGGGCCCGAAGACCGUGGCUUGCGCUCGCCCGAAUGUCUGUCCCCCGCCCCAGUGCAAGUGCAGAUUCAACCAUCGUCGUGCUGAGAAUGGAACUUGCAUACCUACACGCGAAUGCCCCCCAUUCAAAUGUGACCAGGCCAACGAAGAAUACGACCCCUGCCCGCCGCUCUGUCCAAACGGCUCCUGCAGCCAGGCGACGCCGUCAGGAGACUGUCCUCCAAUCUUCGGAAACAUUGGCAUCGUGCUGGAAUGUAACCCGAGCUGCCGCUGCAAGAAGGGCUACUUCUGGAACGAGGACAAAGUUUGCGUGCCUUACAAUCAAUGCCCUGGCAAAAGCGACUCCAAUGCUUCGGAAUAAAGAAUGAAAGUACUUCAAGGUAUUUAGGUGAUUAAGUAAUUACCUAAGAAAGUAGAUAUAUUUACUAUAAAUAAAUCGAAAUAUGAGAACGAAA